CUCAGCAGUAACACAGAGGAAGGGGGGCAGCCGGCUCUCGAUGGGCAUGUCUGUGUAAAGCUACCUGUUGAAGCUCAUUGCGGGAGACUGCCGGGCCGGACUCACGCUGAUCGUGGAUCUGCGGGAAACCCACUGCACUUACGCGGCAUGAAAAGCGCAAACAUGUCUCCACGUCUCUUUUUCUGCGCUGUUUUGGCUGUGUACCACGGGACGCGAACCUGCAGUGGAUUUAACAUAGAUGAGCGGUUUCCUGUGAUCAAAGAGGGGAAAACCAAAGGCAGUUUCUUUGGAUUCUCAGUCGCUCUGCACCAACAGCCGGGGGUCUCCAAAAAGUACCUGCUUCUUACAGGAGCUCCCAAAGAGAAAGCUUUUAAAGAUAAUUCUUUAAAAGAUGUCAACGAAACAGGGGCCAUCUACUCGUGUCCCAUCACAACAGACCCCACAGACUGCUCCAGAAUGGACCUGGUCAGCACAACUAGCCCAUCAGAGAUGGUGGAGGGCAUGUGGCUUGGAGUGACGGUGGCCAGUCAGAGAGAACAGUCGGCGGGACGCGUGCUGGCAUGCGGGCAUCGCUAUGUGAAGGUCAUCAAAGGCGCCACGGAGGAGCAGCGGCGGAUGAUAGGAAAGUGCUACGUCCGGAGCAAUGACCUGACCUAUGACCCCGACGAUGAUUGGCAGACCAACAGCUAUGAGGUCUGCAACCCCAACUUCGACAUGGAGCUGGAGGGCUUGUGCAACAUGGGCAUGUCAGGCGGCUUAACAGAAACUGAUGUCUACAUCGGAGCUCCAGGCAGCUAUGUCUGGCAAGGGAAUGUUCAUGUAAUGUGGUCGAAUCCUGAUCCAGCCAAAUCCUGGGACUCGAAUGAGAAAAGCUUUGGUCAGCUGAAUAAACGAAACAGUUAUAUGGGUUACUCCGUUCUUGAGGAGAAGAAGCUGCUGAGCCAUAAUGAAUACACGGUGCUGACAGGGUCUCCUAGGGAGGAGGCCAAGGGCUCUGUGGUGUUAGGGACAAAGUCAGACCAGAAAAUCAUGCCGGAACUCACCAUCCUCGGAGAACAAGUGGGCUCGUACUUUGGGAGCAGCCUGGCUGUCACCGACCUCAACAAUGACGACUGGAAUGAUCUGAUUGUGGGCGCCCCGUUUUACUUUGACCGUAUGAAGGAGCAGGGAGGAGCAGUGUAUAUCUUCAUGAAUGAGAAUGGAUCGUUCCAAAAGAACCCAAGCAUGGUGCUGAAGGGUCCGUCUGGCUCUGGAUUCGGCUUUGCAGUGGCUGCCAUCGGCGACGUCAACCAGGACGGAUUCCAAGACUUUGCAGUGGGAGCUCCAUUCCACGAAACAGGAAAGGUCUACAUUUGGAUGGGAAGUAAAAAGGGAAUCUCGGAGGAGCCCAGUCAGGUGAUUGAGGGUAAGUCAGUGGGGACUGGAGGAUUUAACACCUUUGGCUAUUCCAUCAACGGAGGGAUGGACAUGGAUGACAACAGCUACCCAGACAUCUUAGUCGGCUCUCUGGACGACAGAGUGGCCCUGCUCAGGGCUCGACCAGUCAUGCACCUAACCAACACAUUUGAGGUGAAGCCAUUUAUUGUGGACACUAAUCAAUGUACUGGAAGUAUACCAUGCAUCACAGUGACUCUGUGUCUGUCUUUCACUCUAAGCAAUGGAAACAAAGACUUCAAGAAAGAGACCGCCGUGAAUUACAAAGUGGAGGUUGAUGUAGAGAGGAGAAGCCCUCGUGUUCGCUUUGCAGACAAUAAUGCUAACUCAUACAACGCCAUCCUCAGUCUGCCAUCAUCCAAGAAAAAGUGUCAAGCUCUGAAACUGAUCGUAGUGGAACCUGUGAGGGACAAACUGGAGCCGGUGGUCUUCUUCCUCACGUUGGGCUUACAAGAACAAACAAUUAAAUUCAGACGUUCCCUGCAGAACCUGGACUCAUACCCAAUUAUCAGUCAAGAGCAGAAACUCAAUCAAACAACUGAGAUUCACUUCCAGAAGGAUUGUGGCUCUGACAACACAUGCAGCAGUAACCUGCAGCUGACGGCCCAGUUUGUGGACCAACGUGGAAUACCUUUCCCCAGGGAUGGCAAAUUCCAGAAAAUUCAGUUCAACAGCAAUAUGAGGAUAAUCAUACUGAUGGUGAAGGUGACCAACAUUGCUUCUAAAGAGAAGGGUGAAGACGCCCACCAGGCCAGGCUCAACAUCACCAUCCCUGACGCGCUGAGAUACUCCAACGUCAGGUCGGAGCCGGACUCCAAUGUGGAAUGCUUUACAGACGGAUCGGUGAUUUGUGAGCUGGGGAAUCCAAUUAAAGGCAAUGAAAAUUUGACACUUGCCAUCAAGUUUGAGACCUCAGGAUUCAAUUUGUACACACAAGAGAUUAUGUCCGAGCUGCUUCUGUCCACUCUAAGUAACCAGACUGACCUGAACCCUGUGCCUGUGGGCCUGCUGAUCGAACACACCAUCUUCCCCUCCUUUUCCAUAGCAAACCCGCUGGUGCAAACACAAUUCAGUGGGACGGUGAUGGGCGAGUCAGCCAUGGUCAACACGAGUGACGUAGGCAGUCUGGUGGAGUUCACCUUCAAUGUGAACAUUAAUGGACAGCCUCUGGGAGACAUGGGGACCCUGGCUGUGGAGUUUGAAUGGCCCUUUGAGGUAGCCAACGGCAAAUGGCUCCUGUACCUGACCAAGAUUAUUGUAAAAGGGGAAUCGGAGGAGGAAUGUAACCCUGUUGGAGAAGUCGUCAACGUGCUUAACCUAACUUUGGCAGGGAGCAGACAAAAGCGUAUUAAACGACAGAUCAUGGCUGAUGAUGCUGAUGCGGCAAGGCCAUAUAUCAUUGAUCCUCAGGCAGCCAUCACAAUCCUCUCUCCUCGCAAAGAGACCGUCCUGUUGGAAUGCUCCAAGGGGACGGCACGAUGCGUGACGUUUUCCUGUCCGCUGCGCAACAUGACGAACUCGGCCAAGAUUUAUGUCCAGUCCCGUUUGUGGAACAGCACAAUGUUGGAGGACUUUUCCAACGCUCUGAGAAUUACGGUCAAAGGUCAAGCCACUCUGAAGCUCAUCACAGACAAACCAACCAUCAGGAUGGACAGACAGCCCGCCAUGUUCAGAGUUGAAAUCGAGCCACUGGAGGGGGUGGAGGUGCCCUAUGAGCUCCCGCUGUGGAUCAUCAUCUCUGCAGCUGUAGCGGGGAUUCUUCUACUGGGAAUAAUCAUCCUUAUACUAUGGAAGUGUGGCUUCUUCCAGAGGGCCAGCAGGAGGGAGAUGUAUGAGGCCAAAGCCCAGAAGGCUGAGAUGAAGAUCCAGCCCUCUGAGACAGAGAGGCUGACCGAGGACUACUGAGGCCCCCCAUGGGUCCCCCAACAGCAGACACCAGUGGGGCUUUUGGCUUGGAUUCUUCAAUCGAGCCAUCUACUACCGGAUAAUGCCAAAGCACCAGGCGGUGAGAAUUCGUAAGGCAGAGCGGUAUCAGUUCAAUCUGGGAUUUCAGAUGGAGGAGCCGCAAAAAAAGUAUUGGAUAACCAACUGGACAGAGAUGCAGCAUUACUACUACUGAGGCCUUUACUUUGAGCCCUGAAACUCUCACAGGUUUGACACGGGCCAAUCAAAAAACAUUUCGCUCGUUCAAGCCACAUUCAUGGACCAAUCGUGGAUGAUGCAUCCCACUUUUAGUUUUUUUACUUCUGUUAGAUUUCAUCCACUUUUUCAGUGCAAUAUACUGACCAGUUUGUUUCAGAGAUUGUAAUUUGUUAAGUAUUUUUCAUGACUGCAGGAAUGAACGUUGGAGUCGGUGUUCAUUCGAGAGUAAAUUGUAAAUGUUUUGAUUACCGUGUUUGCAUGUACAUAUUUUUCCAUUGUUUUUCCUUUGAGUCAUCCAAGCAAAGUGGCUUGUCAUUCAUGUUGCUUAUUUCCAACAUCACCAUCAGAGAGUCUAUUGAUGCUCUCUGUGGUUGUGGAUGUCUUUCCUGCUAUGUCCACAGGCAUCACUUUGCGAUCAGAUUUUAAUUCAGUUAUUAAAGGAGAUCCUUUUCGCACGGCACUCGUUGAACCCUUCUGCUGUGAGUGUCUUUAUGUGAAUUUCCUCGUCAGUUUAUUUGCAGUCACGUGGAAAUGACCUCCAUAAUUUGUAUUUCCCAGGUGUCAGGGAAUAAAUACUGAGAGGUAAGGAGCUGCAUUGAUACUCCUUUGUGAAUUGUAUAUUUUACAGCCCAGCUAGACAUGUUUUGAUUAAAUUCCACAUCAACAAUCAUCCAAGCACUCCAGCAACAAGUGGGAAAGCAAUAGCUUCAUGUCUGUAUGUAGAGUUAGCCAACAUGUGUGGAUGAGAGGAUGGGAGCACACUUUAUUAUUAUUUAUUACACUGUCUUGUGUUAUUACAGUAAAGAACCUAUCUUUAAAAAAUAUCACAAACAAGGAGUCAUGACACUGGAUUCAAUAAUAUGUCUGGAGACUGUAAGCAUGGAGCGCUACAUUUUAAAUUGUACAUAGCGGCGGUAACAGUGAAUUGACUAUUUGAAUGAAUGCUCAUGUCAUUCUUGUUUCCAUGUCCCUACGCUUUGUAUUUUUGUAUGAGACAGUAAGUUGACUCCUGGAUUGUUUCCAAGCCACUGUGGCCCCCAUUGAGUUCAACCUGCAGCACUGAAAAUGGACGGAAGCCGGAGAAUAUACAGUCUCUGGUGGGACCGAGUGUUGCGUUACCGCUCUGGUCCGAGUUACCUGAGAGCCCACAGGCUGUGACUGCAGCCGUUACAGAGGCUGCUCUGACUCUGCGAGUAAAGACGGACAGGCUGAAACCAAUGCACAAACUCUGUUCUCUGUCUCUGUGGUGUUGUUUUUUUACUGUGCAGUUCCAAUGUAAUUAAAUGGUUUUUAACGACCUUGGAUUGCUA